AUGGCCUUCAUCCGCAACUACAAACCCUCCGAUUUCGAGGACACGGCACACAUCUGCCGUGCAACCCUGCCUCCGUCCCUCGACAAAUCCGAGGUAGGCACUCGGAUGGCGCCGUUUCUCUGGACGCACCAGUAUACGCUCCUCUCGCCCUCGACCUGCCACGUCCUUGACGACGGCAACGGUCGCGUGGUGGGGUACUGCAUCGGCUGCCCCAACGUCAACGACUUCGCGGCCGCGUAUGAUCGCUACGUCAAGGAAGUGCUCGAAACGUCACCGGAGCUGGCUGGUAGGCGACCCCAGAGUCUUGAGACUAAAGCGCCAUGGAAUCUGCCCUCGGGAGAGGUGAACGAGGAGGCUUUGCUGCAGCAGGCUUGGAAUCCGACGUGGCUUGUGCUGGACGAUGAGAGGAAGAACCUGUGGGGAGAGUGGAAGGGCACGAUGCACAUCGACCUGCUUGAGGACUACCAAGGCAAGGGAUGGGGGAGGAAGCUGAUUGGCAAGUUUGAGGAGAGUCUGAGAGAGGCUGAUAAGGUCAAGGGUGGAGAUGGGAGGUUGUACGGCAAGGGAUGGCACAUUGGCGUUGGUGGAGAGAAUGAGAAGGUUGUCAAGUUUUACGAGAAGAUGGGGUUUCGGGUCUGGCCGACUGCCGAGAAGGGAUCUAUCUGGAUGGUGAGAGAUAUCGAGUAG